AAACACUCCUCCUCCCCUCAUCAACCUUCCUCCACCACCCUGAACAACUCCAGAUUUCCCUCUCGAGUCAAUCAGUGUGACGAGUUGCAAUUCAUCCCGUUGCAACAUCUGCACUGAUCUGCACAAGCAACACCAUCCUCCCUCUUCGCCAUCAACCCCGCCAUCUCCAGCAGGACCACCAGGUCACGUCGCCAUCAUGUACGUGUACAAACGCGAUGGACGUAAGGAGCGCGUUCAAUUUGACAAGAUCACUGCUCGAGUCUCGCGUCUGUGUUAUGGCCUCGAUGCCGAACAUGUCGAUGCAGCAGCAAUCACACAAAAGGUCAUCUCAGGUGUCUACCAAGGUGUCACAACCAUCGAGCUUGACAAUCUUGCCGCCGAGACUGCCGCAUACAUGACUGUUACCCACCCCGACUACGCCAUACUUGCUGCGCGAAUUGCAGUUUCCAACCUCCACAAGCAGACAAAGAAGCAAUUCUCCACAGUUGUCUCUGACCUGUACCACUACACCAACCCCCGAAAUGGCAAGCUCUCGCCCAUGAUCAGCCAGAAGAUGUACGAAUGCGUGAUGAAGCACGAAGCCGAGCUCAACUCUGCUAUCGUCUACGACCGCGAUUUCAACUACCAAUACUUCGGAUUCAAGACACUCGAGCGAUCAUAUCUCCUCCGCCUUGAUGGCAAGAUUGUCGAGCGUCCACAACACAUGAUCAUGCGGGUAGCGGUUGGCAUUCACGGCGAGGAUAUUGAGGCUGCAAUUGAGACAUAUAACUUGAUGUCGAGCAAAUGCUUCACCCAUGCCUCCCCAACACUCUUUGCUGCUGGUACACCACAGGCGCAAUUGUCUUCCUGCUUCUUGAUUGACAUGAAGGAGGAUAGCAUCGACGGUAUCUACGAUACGUUGAAGACAUGUGCCAUGAUCUCAAAGAAUGCGGGCGGCAUUGGUCUCAACAUCCACAGAAUCCGAGCUACUGGAGCUUACAUUGCUGGCACAAAUGGAAACUCCAACGGCAUUGUUCCCAUGCUCCGAGUCUUCAACAACACUGCGAGAUAUGUUGAUCAAGGAGGAAACAAGCGUCCUGGUGCUUUUGCUAUCUAUCUUGAGCCAUGGCAUGCGGAUGUUUUCGAAUACCUUGAUCUGCGAAAGAACCACGGCAAGGAAGAAGUUCGCGCUCGUGAUCUCUUCUAUGCUCUCUGGAUCCCUGAUCUCUUCAUGAAGCGUGUUGAGAAGAAUGCUGAGUGGACUCUGAUGUGCCCCAACGAGUGCCCUGGCUUGGCUGAUGUCUAUGGCGAUGAGUUCGAGGCGCUCUACGAGAAAUAUGAGCGUGAAGGCAAAGGUCGCAAGACCAUCAAGGCCCAAAAGCUUUGGUACUCCAUCCUCGAGGCUCAAACUGAGACUGGAAACCCGUUCAUGCUCUACAAGGAUGCCUGCAACAGAAAGAGCAACCAGAAGAACCUCGGUACAAUCCGAAGCUCCAACUUAUGCACCGAGAUCGUCGAGUACUGCGCACCAGACGAGGUUGCCGUGUGCAACUUGGCCUCCCUCGCCCUCCCAACCUACGUCAACACGAACGAUGGCACUUACGAUUUCCAGAGACUCCACGAUGUCUGCCAAGUUGUCGUCAAGAACCUGAACAAGAUCAUUGAUGUCAACUACUACCCUGUUCCCGAGGCACGAAAGAGCAAUUUCCGUCACAGACCCAUCGCUGUUGGUGUUCAAGGUCUUGCCGAUGCUUUCUUGGCUCUCCGUCUGCCUUUUGACUCACCCGAGGCCAAGCACCUCAACAUUCAGAUCUUCGAAACAAUCUACCACGCUGCUCUCACUGCUUCCGUUGAGCUGGCCAAGAUCCACGGUCCCUAUGAGACAUAUGAAGGCUCCCCAGCAUCCAAGGGUGAGCUUCAGUAUGACAUGUGGGGCGUAACACCAACUGAUCUUUGGGAUUGGGAUAGCUUGAAGCAACAAAUCAAGCAACACGGGAUCCGCAACUCUCUUUUGGUUGCUCCUAUGCCAACAGCCAGCACUUCUCAGAUUCUCGGCUUCAACGAGUGCUUUGAACCAUAUACCUCCAACAUCUACUCUCGUCGUGUACUCGCUGGAGAAUUCCAAGUCGUCAACCCAUGGCUCUUGAAGGAUCUUGUUGACAUGGGCCUCUGGUCCGACAACAUGAAGAACCGAAUCAUCGCUGAUGGUGGUUCAAUCCAGAACAUCCCUAACAUUCCAGCAGACAUCAAGGCUCUGUACAAGACUGUCUGGGAAAUCUCACAACGUACCAUUGUUCAGAUGGCUGCCGAUCGUGGUGCAUAUAUCGAUCAGUCACAAUCGAUGAACAUUCACAUGAAGGACCCCACAAUGGGCAAGAUCACCAGCAUGCACUUUGCAGGCUGGAAGCUUGGUCUGAAGACUGGCAUGUACUAUCUCCGUACCAUGGCUGCUUCAGCUCCUAUCCAGUUCACCGUUGAUCAAGAAGCUCUUCUUGUCGCAGACACCAACGUUGCUCGUGAGCGACCAGCCAAGAAAAGACCUUCCACCGGAUACAUCACUCAAUCACCUGGUCCUCAGCCAAUGUAUGCCAAGAGAUCAAACGCUUCGAGCGGUACCCCAAACGGGAUCCCGACGCCGACGGCAACCCCACCUCUGACGUCUGAGAACAAGAAGUUCGAUGCUGCAGCAGUCGUGACGGCACCUGUCUUCAAGGCUGAUGUGUCUGAGGGAGACAGCCCCAAGUCUCUGGCCACUGAGCCAACCGCAAUUCUGUCCAAGGUCAACCUCCCUGAGCCAGCUCUGGAGAACAAGAAGCAGGAUGAAGACAGUAAGAAAGAGAGUGACGAGCGAGAAAACGAUAUCUAUGCUGAGGCUGUAUUGCAAUGCAGCAUCGAUAAUAGAGAGGAGUGUAUGAUGUGCAGCGGAUAGACGAGAGUUUGAUGAAGGAUACACGGUUGCAUGGCUCACGCUUUUCAUUUCCUUCCUUACUGUUUGAUUAUAGCGCCUUGUUUUGUAUCGUGUUUUGCAUUGUGGGAUUCAGGAUGGAUUGAUGGAUUCAUAAUAUGCUUUCUUGCAUUGAUGCUUGGACGAAAGAAAGACCGAAAGGAAGUACUUAUUGUAUGUUAUGUUGAAUAAAUGGAUAGACACCCUUUUCCUGUACUUGGAUCUUCGGUGUAAUACGUACAGCAUUGCAUGGCUUGGGCCUUACCUGCAGCAGG